AUGCCUGAACCAACUAAAUCCACUCCGGUGCCCAAGAAGGGCUCCAAGAAAGCCAUCCCCAAGACUCAGAAGAACGGAGACAAGAAGCGCAAGAAGAGCCGCAAGGAAAGCUACUCCAUCUAUGUCUACAAGGUGCUGAAGCAGGUCCACCCCGACACCCGCAUCUCCUCCAAGACCAGGAGCAUCGUGAACUCCUUCGUCAACAACAUCUUCGAGGAUUCCCGCCUGGCCCACUACAACAAGUGCUCAACUAUCACCUCCCGCGAGGUCCAGACGGCCGUGCGCCUCCUUCUGCCCGGCGAGCUGGCCAAACACGCCGUCUCCAAGGGCACCAAAGCCGUCAUCAAAUACACCAGCUCCAAGUAGUUUCUUUUUUUUCCGCGGCAAUCCCCGGAAUUAUUUUA